AUGAUCGCCACGGGCGGACUGCUCCGCAUGAACCGGCGCCAGGACUCCCUGCGCUCCAAGAACCGUGCUGAGAACAAGAAGAAGCGGAAAUCCAAGAAGAAGAAGAAGACCGACGUAGUGGUGGUGAAGGGCAAGCUUAACUUGUGCUCACCAGCCGGCCUGGUGGCGGCCGUCGGGCUGGUAGUCCUGAUGGUGGGCGUCUCCAUGGCUGUGCUGGGGUACUGGCCCAGCCAGAACCAGCACCAGUACCAAGAGCGCCGCCGAACAGGGGUUCACCAUGGCAGAAUGAGUUACUCCCAAAGCCUCAAUGUGUCCUCCAGCAUGGACCGAGAUCCCCCUCAGCUACUAAACCAGAGCCACUCCAACAUCAGCGACCUGGCUCCUUCUCCUGCCCGCUGUGGUUUCCUAUGUGACUUUCUGGACAACUACUUAUACUCGGACAACCUAAAAGUGUUUGGACCACUUGUGAUGGGCAUUGGGAUUUUCCUCUUCAUUUGCGCCAAUGCUGUCCUUCACGAGAACCGUGACAAGAAAACAAAAAUCAUCAACCUGAGAGAUAUCUACUCCACGGUCAUAGACCUACACAGCGUCCGUGCCAAGGAAUACUCACCUCUCAAUGGUUUGGUCAACUACACCCAGUCUAAGAGUGUGGAGGGUCCAUCAGGGGGUCAACCAGCAGGGCGAAGCUCCUGGCCCUCUUCCGCCGGACUGGGCAGCGACGAGGUGUUCCGGCGUCCGUCGCGUAGCUGGUCCAAGGAUGUCCAGACUUUCACAGACACUGUUUAUAGCAUCUACAAGGACUACAACAACGGUGGUGAGGAGGCUCCUCAGCCCCGACAGUGGGACCCCACCUCCAUUGUCACCUCCUCAGUAAACGCCUUCACCCUCCCGGUCAUCAAGCUGAAUAACUGCGAGGCAGAGGAAGACGUUGUCAUUGAAGCUGAGAACGACCAAGAGGAAGUGCAGGAUAACGAAGAGAAGACAAGCCCACCGUCUGAGGACAUACCUGCCGCCGAGCCGCUCAAUUUGUUCCUGCCGUCCCCGGUCGCCAGGGCAUUGGGUUCACGCCUGUCCCUCAACUCACUCACGGACCCGCCAAAGUCAGCGCGUCGGUGCAGCCUUUCAGUGACAACGUCCCACCAGAGUGAGAGGGGCAGGCGCUUCAGCUGCCCCCGCUUAGAGCGCACCAACAGUAAGGGCUACAUAAAACUCAGCGACCUGGGGGGUGAAUCCUUUGAGGCGCCGGACACGUCGUUAGGUGUGGAAGGCAAGCAGGAAGUGGUACCCACAGAUGCGGGCAAUGUGGAAGAGGAUGCUCAGGUACUGGAGGGACAAGUGUUGCCCAGCACAUCUACAGAAUCUUAA